AUGGAUCCCUUUGCCUCAUAUCUACGCCGCUCUGCGGAGGGGACCAAAAGACCUCGCAGCUCAGAUAGAUCUGCCUUGGGAUCUCUUCCGCAGGGUUGGGUGAAUACUCAAUCCAACCAAGACAGUCCCCAGCAUGAUUCGCCUCUCCAUGCGUCGGCUGAAGCAUUGCUGCUUCUCAAUAACCCCCAUUUUCAUCACGAGAAAUCUGCUGAGCCAUAUUUAUUCUCAGAGGAGAAAGAAAACGCGAACAAUCAAUUUGGCGGGAUACCCAUAACAGCACCAGUGCCCCUCUCCUAUGCUGUCAGAGGGAAAGCAGCGUUGAGAUCUAUAUUAUCGAUAGGAGAAGAUGACGAUGAGGACGGCAUUAACGGGGAUUCAGUCCCGCAAAUGUUAAACGAUUCGGUCCCAAGCUCUUUCCCGCACAUCGAGAUCACAGCCCCGACUCCAAGUCCAAUUCUUCCUAUUGUACCUCUUUUUAAUAUUCCUGAAGACACAGCUCUUAUAAGGAACCAACCAUGGCCAGAAGUGAUAGGAGGACCGGCUACGCGACCUUUCGUCCGCUCCAUCUCUCCAUCAACACUAAUGGCUUUGUCUGAACCCUGUUUAUUGGCGUGGUGUUUUGACCCGAACCUCGAUUUCAGCGCCAAUCCGGCAGAAAAUUCCGUCGGUGUGCAGCAGGUUUACAAUUAUCCGAUUGCUGAAGCGGUGUAUGAGGUACCUAUAAGCACGGAUUGCAUGAUUCCUGCGACACCAAGAAAUGUUUGGGGGUAUUAA